CCGCACCAGUCCUCCGCCGCCCAUGGACUCUGCCUCCCGUCCCAAGCUUCGGACUGCUUACAAAAAAGGCCGCGUUAUCGCGCCGCUGCACACGGCCGGGCCCGUAGCAGUCACCCCGGAUGGAACGAGGCUGGUCACCUGCGUGGGCGAGGACGCUUUGCUGACGGAUGUUAAGGCUGGUGUGGAAAUAUGUCGCUUUGCCGGGGACACGGAAUCCAUCACGUCUCUAUGCGUUACGCCGUCCUCUUCGCAUCUUCUGCUAUUCACGUCUUCGCUGUCACUCCGAAUUUAUGAAAUUCCAUCAUCAUUCGGCCCACAGACCAAAGCCAUCAAGCCUAUCCGGGUGGUCGCCCGCGCUCACGAUGCGCCAGUACAUGUAUGCCGAUCAGAUCCCACGUCUACCUACCUCGCAUCUGGUUCGGCCGACGGUGUUGUGAAGGUAUGGGACAUUCUGCGCGGGUAUGUGACGCACCUAUUCAAAGGCCAUGGAGGUGUGGUCAGCGCGCUCGCGUUCAACUAUCCCUUCGACCCGUCCUCCGUGGUCCGGGAGCAAAAGAUGCAGCUUAUUACAGCAUCCGUGGACACCCGGAUCCGUAUCUUUGACCUCUCAGCGGCAGCGUCACGCGCGAGCGGAGGUUCAAAGCCCAAAGCAGUUCUAGAGGGUCAUGUGUCGGUUCCGCGUGGAUUGGACGUCUCUCCGGACGGGAAGUGGCUGGUCAGCGGAGGCCGAGACUCUGUGGUGCUCAUAUGGGACAUCUCGUCAAAGGCGUCUCCAGCUCCAGUGAAGAAGAGCAGCAAAGGCAAGGGCAAGGAGACUGAGUUCUCUCCGGUCCUUCACAAAACCAUCCCCGUGUUUGAGCGCGUUGAGGCGGUCGGCUUGCUGCACCCGGACGAGGACCUUGCGGGUGCGCCAUCUGGUCCUGAGAAGCUCCGAUUCUACACCGGAGGUGAGAAGGGCUUGGUCAGAGUGUGGGAUGCGCGCGAUGGCAGCGUGCUCUUUACACUAGGCCAGGAGCAUGAUGACCCCAGUCAGGAUCAGGAAGAACAGCGACAAAUCGUAGACGCCGUUUACGUUCCGUCUGCGUCAACAGUCGUCUCCGUACACGCGGACCAGAAUAUUCUCUUUCACUCACUUUCCACCCAAACGCUAAGCCGUCAACUAAUCGGGUUCAACGACGAGAUCAUCGACGUCACCUUCCUAUCCCCGCAACUUCCCGUACAGGCGUCCACUUCGUCACUAUCCGACACCCACGUAGCGCUCGCAACGAACUCCUCCCUGAUUCGAGUUUACUCAACGUCCUCGCUUGACGCCCGCCUCAUCUCUGGUCAUUCGGAAAUCGUGCUCUGUUUGGACAGCGGUGCCCAGGGUCGCGUGCUGGCGAGCGGCAGCAAGGACCGUUCAGCGCGGAUAUGGGCGCCUGUCCUCCAACGCGUAGACGAAGCGCCAGGGCAGACCGUUCCCGAGUGGCGCUGCGUAGCUGUAUGCGAAGGUCACGCAGAGAGCGUGGGCGCGAUUGCUAUGUCCCGUAAGGCGCUAUUGGGCGACACAAUCGCCUCAGCCUCUGCUUCUGGCUCCGCGAUGGGGGCCGGCGAUGACCUGCGCUUCAUGUUGACCGGCAGUCAGGACCGCACAAUCAAGAUGUGGGACCUGUCGUCCGUGCCGCUCACAGCUUCGGCAUCCGAGGAAAACGAGGAGACGCAUAUGGUCAAGUGCAAGAGCUUAACGACCCAUAAGGCGCACGACAAGGACAUCAACUCACUAGACGUGGCGCCCAACGACCGCCUGCUCGUCUCUGGCUCACAAGAUCGCACUGCGAAGGUGUGGGAAAUCGAAUACGUCACGUCUAGCACUGGCGUACGCGGGGAACUUCGUCUCUUGGGGACGUGCAAGGGCCACAAGCGUGGUGUCUGGUGCGUUCGGUUCGGCCGUGCAGAGCGGGUCCUCGCGACGGGCAGUGGAGACAAGACAGUCAAGUUGUGGAAUUUAGACGACUUCACAUGCGUCAAGACGUUCGAGGGCCACACGAAUUCUGUCUUGCGCGUCGAUUUCAUCAAUGCAGGAAUGCAAAUCGUCAGCAGUGCGAGUGACGGACUCGUCAAGCUGUGGAACGUGCGGGACGAGACUUGCGCGGCAACUAUGGACAACCACGAAGACAAGGUCUGGGCUCUUGCGGUCAGCAGCGAUGAGUCAACCAUCGUUUCGGGUGCGGCAGAUUCCGUCGUUACGUUCUGGCAAGACUGCACUGAGGAAGAGCAGCUCGAAAAGGAGACGCAACGAGCACAGCUCGUCGAGAAGGAGCAAGACUUAGCUAACUACCUCGCCCUCCACGAUUACCGCAACGCGAUCCUCCUCGCGCUCGGCAUGGCCCAGCCCGGCCGCCUCCAUUCUCUCUUUGCUGCGCUCCCGUCUGCCGAGGACGCGUCACCAUCCUCCAUCACCGGCCACGCCGCCGUCGACGAAGUUCUUCGCACGCUCCCAUUCACGGACCUCGCACGCCUCCUCCGCUACGUCCGUGACUGGAACGCGCACGCCAGGACAAGCGUCGUCGCGCAGCGCGUCCUGCACGCGAUCGUCAAGCUGCGUCCCGCCGACGACCUCUCCCGCGCCUUCGACGCGGAGGCAGCAUUCAACGCCGCCACUACUGUGCCUGCUCUCGACUCGGAGAGCACGGCUGCGGUCUCAAUUUCCGUCGAGGGCCGUGGGGCGACCGCGCUCAAGGAGCUCAUCGACGCGCUCAUCCCGUACACUGAACGCCAUCUCACGCGCAUGGAGAAGCUGUUGCAAGACAGCUACGUUGUUGAGCACCUCCUGUCGGAGAUGGACGACGGCAUGUUCGGCGAACUCGGCGACGACGAUGAGGACCUCGACAGCCACCCGAUGGACAUCGACAGAGCCAUUGCUGUGUCCGCUUGAGAUCCAAGUCGGAAGGUGUUUCCUGCGUCUUCAAUCUCGGGAAUCUACUCGAGGUCCUGGACUACUGCAUGUAAAAGUAAUGUACUCGCAUCUAUUUUCCGAUUCAC